CAAAACAUUCAGACAACAUGGCAGAAAAUAAGGUACAACAGGCUAGGGGCAUGGUUCGCCGCCCUUCUUUGCGUAAGGGUAUUUCUCUCAGAGGUAUGCCUGAGCUGGAAAAUGUAGAGGAAGUCAAAGCCUCUUUCAACCGUCAUCUUCAUUUCACUGUCGGUAAGGAUCGCAAUGUAGCUACAAACAUCGAUUUUAUGCAAGCUAUCUCCAUGGCUGUACGCGAUCAGCUUAUCGGAAAAUGGAUGCGCACUCAACAGAACUAUCACGAGACUGACCCAAAGCGAGUAUACUACCUUUCGCUCGAAUGGUACAUGGGACGUACUCUUGGAAACGCCAUGUUGAAUUUGGGUAUCCAGGGAUCCACCGAAGAGGCGCUGAAUCAGCUUGGACUCGCCAUUGAUGAACUAGAAGAAUACGAGGAAGAUGCUGGUCUUGGAAACGGAGGUCUAGGUCGAUUGGCUGCGUGCUUCAUAGACUCUAUGUCCACUGUCGGUCUACCGGCACACGGAUAUGGAAUCCGAUACGAAUACGGUAUCUUUAAGCAGGAGUUCGUAGAUGGAUGGCAGCGUGAGUUGCCUGAUAACUGGCUGCGAUACGGAAACCCUUGGGAGAUUCAGCGUCCCGAAAGCACACAAAACAUCCGCAUGUACGGACAUGUAUCUAACGGUAAGUGGGUGGACACCAAGCAGGUAUUGGCCGUACCAUACGAUACUCCGGUGCCCGGAUACAAGAACGAUGUCGUCAAUACACUGCGUCUAUGGAGCGCGUCAGCACCCGUAGAAUUCCAGUUGGAUUCGUUCAACCGAGGUGACUACAUGGGAGCAGUUAUCGAGAACAACGUUGCUGAGGACAUCUCACGCGUUCUAUACCCUAACGAUAACUUCUUCGAAGGCAAGGAGUUGCGUCUAAAGCAGCAGUACUUCCUGGUCGCUGCGUCUUUGGCCGAUAUCAUCCGUCGCCACAAGACUGAGCCUUCGUGGAAGGAACGUGGAUGGGCCUGCUUCCCUGACAAGGCUGCCAUCCAACUUAACGAUACCCAUCCUUCUCUCGCUGUGCCAGAGUUGAUGCGUAUCCUGAUCGAUGAGGAAGGUAAGGAUUGGGAUGAGUCCUGGAAAAUCACCACCAGCACUCUAUCGUACACUAACCACACUGUCUUGCCAGAGGCUUUGGAGCGCUGGCCCGUGAGUCUGUUCGAGAAGCUUUUGCCUCGCCACUUGCAACUCGUUUACGAGAUCAACCACCGUCACAUGGAGGCGGUUAAGGCGAAGUAUCCUGGAGAUAACGAUCGUCUUAGUCGCAUGUCUAUCAUCGAGGAGGGUGGUGGCAAGCGUAUCCAUAUGGGUUACCUAGCUAUCGUCGGUACACACGCUGUCAACGGUGUUGCGGCGUUGCACUCCGAGCUUAUCAAGAAGACUAUUUUCAAAGACUUCUACGAAAUGUACCCCGAACGUUUUCAAAACAAGACCAACGGUAUCACUCCCCGUCGCUGGUUGAUUAAAGCCAACCCCGCUCUAACUAACUUGAUCGAUGAGAAGCUCCCCGGAGAGAAGUGGGCCACUGAUCUUUACGAAUUAGCUAAACUCAAGAAGUUCGCUGACGAUAAGGACUUCAUGCGCUCUAUCCAAAAUGCGAAACGAGAGAAUAAGCUGUCCGUAUGCCGUCUGGUAGCGGAGGAGUACGGCAUCGAGUUGGAUGUUGACUCCAUGUUUGAUUGUCACGUGAAGCGUAUUCACGAGUACAAGCGUCAGCUCCUGAAUGUCCUGCACAUGAUCACUCGUUACAACGAGAUCAAGGCAAACCCCGACAAGGAAUUCACUCCCCGAACCGUCAUGUUCGGAGGCAAGUGUGCACCUGGAUAUGAGAUGGCGAAGCGUAUUAUUAAGCUGAUCAACAAUGUAGCUGACAAGUGUAACAACGACCCAGCUGUAAGUAAGUAUCUAAAGGUUGUAUACUUCGAGAACUAUCGCGUGUCUCUGGCCGAGAAGAUCAUCCCCGCAGUAGAUUUGUCGGAGCAGAUCUCAACCGCCGGAACCGAGGCGUCUGGAACCGGAAACAUGAAGUUCAUGCUUAACGGAUCCUUGACUAUUGGUACCAUGGAUGGUGCUAACGUCGAGAUGGCCGAAGAGAUGGGUUUGGAGAAUAUCUUCAUCUUUGGUAUGGAUGUUGACGAGGUGCACGCCUUGGGCGCGAAGGGAUACAAUCCCCAUGAGUUCUAUGACAACAACGCGACUCUAAGAGAGUGUCUUGACCAGAUCCGAGACGGUUUCUGGUCACCCGAGGACCCCUCAAUGUUCUCUAUGAUCUGGGAUACCUUAAUGACACGCGGAGACCAGUACAUGUUGCUCGCUGAUUAUCAAUCAUACAUCGAUAAGCAGAGAGAGGUUGACGAGGUGUACCGUGACCAGAAGAAGUGGUUGAAGAUGGCCAUUCACAACAUCGCCUCCAUAGGAAAGUUCAACUCUGACCGAACAAUUAGAGAAUACGCCGAGGAGAUCUGGGGCGCCCAGUGCAGAAAUUAGAUUGACAAGCUUUAGGAGUGUAUGUUAUACUGCUACUUACCCCUUUCUGAAAUAUAGAUAUACACAUCAAACCAGUGCUUUGCACUUUUCGAAAGGCACUUUGGCAAUAUCCUAUACUGUAUGAGCGAAUAUAGCUCACCUAUAUCAAGAAGCCCUCAAACGAAUGUGAACUGUGAGGUGUACAUUGAGUAUGUCUAGGAAUGUCGUAGAUGCUACAAAGAUACUGUAUGGAAACGGCCAUCUGAUUGGCUUAUCGGCAGCUUUUCAGAGUAGGUACUCGUUUUAUAUUUAUAGUGCAAGUUUGCCUGGCUGCCUG